UCCCGGAUUUGCUCCUCGGAGUCCAUGCUUUCCUCGGGCAUGACCUGUGUGGCAGACUUCUUCACCUACGAAACCACCAAAUCAGUGGUGGUAAAAAGCUGGACCAUCGGCGUGAUCAACCGGGCUGUCCAGUUACUCAUCAUUUCCUACUUCGUUGGGUGGGUGUUCCUGCAUGAGAAAGCCUACCAGAUAAGGGACACCUCCAUUGAGUCCUCCGUGGUGACCAAGGUGAAGGGCUUUGGCAAGUACAGCAACCAGGUCAUGGACACAGCUGACUACGUUGCGCCUCCACAGGGAACAUCAGUCUUUGUAAUCAUCACCAAACUCAUUGUGACGGAGAACCAGGUACAAGGUUUCUGCCCUGAGAAUCAAUCGCAGUACAUGUGUAAGUCCGACCGCGAGUGCAAGAAUCCGGUCCCCACCACAGGAGGGGGGAUCCUGACGGGCCGAUGUGUUGAAUACAAUGCCACUUUCCGGACUUGUCAGAUCCAGGGCUGGUGCCCAGCAGAGGUGGACAGUGUCGAGGUACCUGUCAUGCUAGAAGCAGAAAAUUUCACCAUCUUCAUUAAGAACAGUAUUCGCUUUCCACUGUUCAAUUUUGAAAAGGGAAAUCUCCUGCCCAACGUCACAACGGAAGAGAUUCGGAGGUGCCAUUUUGACCCCGUAAAGCAGCCGUUCUGCCCCAUCCUGCGUCUCGGGGACAUCGUGAAAUUCGCUGGGCAAAACUUUACCGCAUUGGCUAGUACGGGUGGGAUAAUAGGGAUCAAGAUUGGAUGGGUGUGUGACCUGGACCAUUCCUGGGAGCACUGCAUCCCCACCUAUUCCUUUAACCGGCUGGACAGUGUCUCUGAAAAGAGCAAAGUCUCUCGUGGCUACAAUUUCAGGUAUGCCAAGUACUACAAGCAAGAGAAUGGCACAGAGUUCCGCACGCUGAUGAAGGCAUAUGGCAUCCGCAUUGAUGUUCUGGUAUAUGGGAAUGCUGGGAAGUUUAAUAUCAUUCCGACCCUUAUCAACACGGUGGCAGCCUUCACAUCUGUUGGGGUGGGGACAGUUCUGUGUGACAUCAUUCUCCUCAACUUCCUGAAGGGAGCAGAUCAGUACAAGGCCAAGAAAUUUGAAGAGGUCAGUCUAUCUGUUAUGCAGACAGAUACUUCCAGCAGCCCCAUGUACCGGAGCAACCAGACACUGGGAGGUCGCUGUGAGGAGAAGCAAUCAACUGAUUCAGGAGCCUAUUCAAUUGGGCUCUAAAAAUAUAAGGAACCCUGAAGAGGACAUUAGGACAUCCCCUGCAUCGUUCUACUGGCAGCCCUGCCUUUUGGACCCUCCUAUCCCAUCCUCCCAGUGAGGGAACUGGUCGGCUGUUUUGGUUUACCUCAUGCUUUCCGUUUUCCCUCAGCAACAUAUCUUGCCACACCUCUCCUUGGGAAGUUCUCAAGUCUUAUUUAGCCAGAAGCCCACUCCUCUUUUACUUUUUUUAGCGAAAUGGCCACAACAAAAGUAUUACUUAAUGAAAGACUGAUC